AUGGAAUACAUAAAACCAGAUUGGGUUCUCGACAGGGAUGUUCUUGCUCCUACAAAUGCAGCUGUCAACACUCUAAGCUACAACUUACUCAAAUUUCUCAACUCCCAAGAUCCUCCAGGACUCCCUCCCCAUGAACUUCACUUAAAAGUUGGUUGCCCUGUCAUUCUCCUACGCAAUCUAAAUGUACCCACAUUAUGCAGUGGAACUCGCCUUGUGGUCAAAGAAAUGAUAGACCACAUCAUUGAAGCCCAAAUUAUCAUGGGACACAGCAAAAACAAUACUGUUUUCAUUCCAAAAUUUCCACUUACCCAAACAGACUGCCCCUAUGCUAUGCAGAGACUUCAGUUCCCUCUUGAACUCAGCUUCGCCAUGACAAUUAACAAAGCACAUGGUCAGUUGCUAAAAGUUGUUGGAUUGGACUAUUGA